AUGGACCAGACGGGGUCGGGGCUGCACAAGCGGAUGGAGGCGCUGUCGCUGCAGGCGAGCGCUCUGCGGGACGCCUUGCAGCGGAGCGAGGAGAACACGGACAGCGCGGUCGCCGCCCUCGACUCGUUCGACCGCCACGUCUCCGCGAUCGAGGCCUCCAUCCGCCCCGCCCAGGUGAGGGCGCAGGCCAGCACGAUGGCGAACGAGAACAUCGACAGGACCAUCGAGACCGCCGAGGCCAUCCUCGCGCAGUUCGAGAUCGUCCGCCGGGCUGAAGCUGUGAUAUUGAGGGGUCCACAUGAGGAUCUGAAGAGCUUCCUGGAAGCUGUGGAUCUGCUGAAAGGCGUCAUCCACUUCUUUUCCUCAAACAAGAACUUUAAGAGCUGUGAAGGAGUACUGAAUCAAGUUAACAACCUCUUAACCAAGUCUAAGCUGAAGAUUGAGGAGGAAUUCAGGCAGUUAAUGAGUACUUACAGCAAAGCUAGUGAGCCCGCACUUCUACUUGAUUGCCUUCCAAAGCUGCCAUUGACAUCAGAAGGGAACUCUGAAUCAGUUGGAGAGCAACUAUCCAAAAGCUUUGAAAGUGCUACAUACAGGACUCCAAUACUAAUUCCCCCAAGAAUAUUACCACUUCUGCAUGAUAUAUCUCAUCAGUUGGUUCAGGAUGGAAAUCAACAGUCGUGCUAUAGAAUUUACAGAGAUGCUCGCAGCUCAGCGUUAGAAUUGAGUCUUCAAAAACUGGGCAUAGAAAAGCUAACUGAAGAUAAGAUGCAGCACUGGGUGUCCUCAAAUGUUGGAACCUGGACUCAUAUUAUGCAUAUUACAGUUAAAGUAUUACUGGCUGGAGAAAGAAAAAUUUGUGAUCAAAUUUUCGAUGGUAUCACUUUCAACAAGGAUCAAUGUUUUGCUGAAGUGGCAGGAAGCAGUGUUAUGACUCUUCUCGGCUUUGGUGAUGUUGUUGCUAAAAGUAAAAGAUCUCAUGAAAAUUUGUUUCUACUGCUGGAGAUGUAUGGAUUAAUGCACGGAAUUCAGUCAGAGGUUGAAGUGACUUUUCAAGGAAAUUUUUGCUCUGGGAUGCGGGAGGCUGCAUUAAACCUGACUAAGAGCUUGGCGCAGGCUGCCCAAGAAACUCUGCUUGAUUUGGAGGUGGCAGUUGAAAAGGAAAAUUCGAAGACUAUCGUACAGAAUGGAAAUCUCCAUCCUUUUACAAUCGAAGUGAUGAAUUAUGUAAAAGGCCUAUUUGAUUACCAAUCUACACUGAAAAUACUAUUUCAGCAACCUCAAAGUGGCAGUGAGACUGAAUCUCAACUUGCGAUUAUAACCAUGAAGAUUAUGCAGGCUUUUCAGAAUAACUUGAAUGGGAAAUCUAAGCAGUACAAGGAUCCUGCAUUGUCUCACAUAUUUCUUAUGAACAACCUUCACUAUAUGGUUACGUUUGUUCGCAGAUCAGAAUCCAAUGAUAUACUUGGUGGUGACUGGAUUCAGAGGCACCGUAAGAUUGUGCAGCAAAACGCUAAUCAGUACAAGAGGGUAGCAUGGGCAAAGAUUUUCCAGACACUCUCCGUCCAAGUCACAGGUGGCAAUAGUUCGUCAUCACCAUCUGAUGUUAGCAGCACUGGAGUUUCAAGGACUAUGAUCAAAGAACGGUUCAAGUCCUUCAAUAUGCAAUUUGAAGAUCUUCAUGCAAAGCAGUCUCAAUGGACUAUUCCUGAUCAGGAAUUGCGAGAUGAACUGAGGCUUGCCGUGGCUGAAGUUCUCUUGCCAGCAUAUAGGUCUUUCAUUAGCCGUUUUGGGAAUCUUAUUAUACGUGGGAGGAACCCUCAUAAGUACAUCAAAUACUCACCAGAAGAAUUGGAUCAAAUGUUGGGUCAGUUCUUCCUAGGACAGUAG